AUGUCUGCCUUUACCCUCGCACCAAAGCCUGCCUGCCUGCCCGGCUAUCACCGAGUGCUAGCGUCCACUGCCGGCGUCAAAGUAUCUCCCCUAUGCCUUGGAACGAUGAACUUUGGCACUAAAUGGGAGGAUUUCAUGGGUGAAUGCAGCAAGCUGCAGUCAUUUGCAAUCCUGGACGCUUUCUAUAGGUUUGGUGGUAACUUCCUUGACACGUCACUAGGAGAGUGGAUGAAAGAACGAAGUAACCGCGAUCAGUUGGUAAUCGCAACAAAACACACAACUGAAUUUCGCGCAUCGCACCAUGAUAUCGAACCACUCCAGUCCAACUUUAAACUCCAAACAGACUACAUCGACUUACUAUACGUGCAUUGGUGGGACUUUACCACGUCAAUCGAAGAGGUCAUGCACGGACUUAACGCUCUUGUUCUCUCGGGCAAGGUGCUAUAUCUCGGAAUCUCGGACAUACUUGCUUGGAUAGCUGUGAAAGCAAAUGAUUACGCGCGGGCAAAUGGGUUGCGCUUGUUCUCCGUGUAUCAAGAGAAGUGGAAUGCCGGAUUCAGGGACCUUGAGAGAGAGAUUAUUCCUAUGUGUCGGGACCAGGGGAUGGGAAUCGCCCCAUGGGCGCCUCUGGGGCAAGGGAAGUUCAAAACUGCCGAAGCCCGUGGCACUGGCGAAUCUGGUAGUGCAAGAGCAUCCAAUAUGAGCGAAAACGACAUCAAGAUAUCAGAGGCGCUGGAGGAAAUUGCCAAGAAGAAAAACACUAAUCUGCAUGCGAUUGCGCUCGCAUAUGUCCUCCACAAAACGCCUUAUGUUUUCCCUAUUGUCGGGCAGCGAAAGAUUGAACACCUGGAAGCCAACGUCGAUGCCUUGAGCGUGGCACUCUCCGAUGAGGAUCUCAACGAAAUUGAGAGCGCGAUUCCCUUUGGCAUGGGAUCCCCGAUGAACUUCAUUUUCCGAAACGGCGUUUCGAACAACUCUGCUGCAGACGUCUUUCUGGCUCAGAUAUCUGCGCAUAUUGACGCACCGCCACACCCUUCGCCGAUCAGGCCUCAUCAAUUAUAA